AUGGAUGCCACGAUGAUGCCCCAGGCCAUUGGCCAAGCUCCCUUCUACUUCUACAACCCAGAGGCCAAGAACGAGGUGCGACAACACUUCCAGCAGCAGCAGCCCAUGCAGCAGAUGCCCAUGUAUCCCGUGGUCCCUACGCUGCCCUCGACUCCCGCCUACUCGCGACCCAACUCUGCCAGCAACUCGCAGCUUCCCACGCUGUACAGCAACGGUCCCGCCGUCAUGACACCGACUGCCUCGCCCCAGCCCAUGUCCCAUAAGCCUGCCAUCAUGCUGGAGAGUGAGCUGUACGACAACUCGUAUUUCCCCUCGACCCCACCACUGUCGACCUCUGGAAGCACCAUCGGCAGCCCCAGCGCCGGCGAGGUGCUUCAGACUCCCAUGAACCCCAUGUUCUCGGGACUGGAUGGUCUUGACGGCAUCAAGGAGGGCCUCGAGCCCGCCGAGACGUCUGUCCUUGACUGGUCCAGCUGCGGAUCCCCUCCCAUGACACCUGUGUACCUCCAAUCUCAACUGGGCAAGGUUCCCUCGCUUAGCAACACCGCCAGCGACCUCUUGUCCACACCCUCACUCUCGCCUUCGCCUGCGCCCUACGCGCGCUCAGUCACCACUCCUGACCACGACGUCGACUUCUGCGAUCCCAGGAACUUGACCGUCUCUGGCGCUGCCGUCAACGCCUUGACCCCCGAGUUCUCUUUGGUUGACGAGAUCAAGGUUGAGCCCAAGGCUAUCGCUGCCACUCAGUCUUUUGACUUCAACCCUGCUAUCCCCAACGGCCUGCCCACUUUUGAAGAUUUCUCCGACUUUGAGUCUGAGGACGACUUCGUGAACAGCCUUGUCAACCUCGGAACUGAGCAGUCUGCUGAUAUUGGUCGCCCCCGUGCCUGCACUGGCUCUUCCGUCGUCUCUCUCGGCCACGGUAGCUUCAUUGGUGACGAGGACCUGUCCUUUGAUGAGAACGAGGCUUUCCAGUUCCCUGCUCUUCCUAGCCCUCCCACUUGCCAGUCUGAGGACUGCCAUCAGGACAAGCGCGUCAAGAAGACCCACAAGAACGGGACUGUUGCUGCUCCCGUCAUGAACGUUGCUGCUUCCACCACCCAGUCGGGCAACGCCCAGGAGACCCCCACCCAGGCUGCCGAUGCUGCCAGCGACUCCAACGCUUCCAGCGGUUCCGAGACUGCCCCCACUCCUCUUCCCGCUCCCGCCAACCGCCGGGGACGCAAGCAGUCCCUCACUGAGGAUCCCUCCAAGACCUUUGUGUGCGACCUUUGCAACCGCCGAUUCCGUCGCCAGGAGCACCUCAAGCGUCACUACCGCUCUCUUCACACUCAGGAGAAGCCUUUUGAGUGCAACGAGUGUGGUAAGAAGUUCUCGAGGAGUGACAACCUCGCCCAGCACGCCCGCACCCACGGUAGCGGUGCCAUCGUCAUGAACCUCAUCGACGAUGACAGCCACGCCUAUGAUACCUCCAUGGUACCUCAGCCUGCCGGAGAUGACUACAGCGCCUACGGCAAGGUCCUCUUCCAGAUCGCCUCCGAGGUUCCCGGCAGCGCCAGCGAGCUCUCAUCGGACGAGGGUAGCGACCAGGGCAAGAAGAAGCGCAAGCGCUCUGACUAA